UAUGUGGCUAGGUCGUUUGCGUUGUAUCUCGCUCUGAAACUUGAGUGUUUAAAAACACAAUUAAACGAUCGUUUCUCCAAAAAAUAUUUAGUCAUUAAUAGCCACAGAUGAGUUUUUAUUGCACAACUUCGUCGAGUUCAAACAUUCAUGCUCCACGCGAUACCGUGAUACGUUAAAGUCAGCUAGCACACUUUCAACCGUCUAGCCUGCUAGCCAGUUAUUCUACUGUUAGCUAACGUUCGUCUUCGGACAAGAGGUGACCAGAAACAUCGACACAAGACUGUCAGUAUGUGGAUGGAGGAAGGAGAUGGAGGGAUGCAGUAGAAUGAGUGUCCGAGAGCUGUGCGAAACAGAUGACCUGGCUACCAGCCUGGUGCUGGACCCUUUGCUGGGCUUCAGCACCCACAAGAUGAACAUCAGCCCGCUCCCCGAGAUCAGACGAUGGGGUUACCUGAGAGAGACGCUGCUGCGCUUCAGACGGACACGCGACUUCCCGGCCACCUUCGAGGCCCUGACCGUGGGGGAAUGGGCCUGGGGCUACUUCACUGAGCUGGGCUCUCACCGGCAGGAGCUCCUGAGACAGCACGUUUACCGCUACCUUAGCGCCUUCCUGCUGGACAGCGGUGUCCAAAUCGAGUCAUGUGACCGGUAUUCCUCUGAAACAAACGGAGCGAAGAUCACAUCGACCCGGCACUGGUCGGUGGGAGAGCGGGUGGAGGUGUUGCAGGGCUGUAUUGCGGAGCUCAGUCCAGCAGAUGGUGCAGUUCUGAGAGCUGGGGUCAAUGACUUCAGCGUGAUGUACUCCACCCGAAAACGCUGUGCUCAGCUGUGGCUGGGGCCUGCAGCCUUCAUCAAUCACGACUGCAGGCCAAACUGUAAGUUUGUCCCCGGUGACAAGUACAGGGCGUGUGUCAAAGUGAUUCGGCCCAUCGCCCCCGGAGAGGAGAUCACCUGUUACUACGGCGACAGCUUUUUCGGCGAAGAUAAUGAAAUGUGUGAAUGCAGCACAUGUGAGAGGAAAGGAGAGGGAUUCUUCAGGCACAGAGAAAGACAGCCGGUUUCUGAGGACCCAGGAGAUGUCGCUGGGCAGAAGUACAGCUUGAGGGAGACAGACCUCCGACUGAAUCGGGAGAAAGGGAACUGUACCCCGGGGUCUAUCCCUGCGCCCAUAAGCACAGCUCUUUCCCCAAGAUUUCCCCUGUCCCAGAAGAUGAAGAAAAACGUUCAUGCAAUGAGCAACAGGACAAGAAGGAAAAACAGAGGCAGACCCGAUGAGCAAGAGAGUGGAGAACAAAAGCAUACCUUGGUGAUCCACUCUCUGUCGCAUGUCGUGUUGAAGGACCUGAGGGUGUGUCUGCACCGCUGUCCCGCUGACUUGCUCUUGAAGUUCAGGCGGUCCACCAGUGGAGGGAAGUACUCGACCUGCCCGUCCAAAACGGCAACGCCCGAAGACACAGAGACGCAAGGUGGGCCCGCGACCCCUCUGGCCCCAGGCAGAGACGAGGGCGGGAAGGAGAACGAAAGCACUUUUAAUCAUAAACCAGCACCUGAGCUGAAUCCGCAGCCUUUCACCCUUGGCCCUGCUCCACGUGAAGACAGGAUCGAUGGGCAGAACGGGCGUAAGAUCAGCCAGCUGGAGAAUAUUAAACUGGUGGACACGGCGCCACUUACUGUACAAUCGGUGAACUCCCCUGUCACGAGGAACAUGGACAGAAAUCAGUGUGCAGGUUCUAAUGCCGGCUCACAAUCAGCUGUUCACAAAGUUCUUGUCACAAAUAAAAGGAACAGAGCCAAGUCGGCCGUUAUGAGAGAAAGCAGCAACCGCCCUUGUGCCGCGGGGGGGAUUUGUAGCAGUAGCAUUAACAAUGGCCUUGGUUACACAAAUGGCGUUGACUGUGGUAAAACAGAUGCUGUGGAUAUUGCUGUCAAAGCUUCUUCUAGUGAAAGCGACUGCAUUACUAUCGCUAAUACCAGAUCCAGCAGUAGCGUGUGCUAUAUCAUUAACCGAAUAUACACUGGAGUAGGGGAGUCAAAGAGCAGCGAGCUGCAGCGUGCAGGCUCUCCGCCUGUCGACGGGGGGAAGGAUCAACGGGACGCACGCACCCGGGGGACUGAUGACGCACCGCAGGACUCAAAAUGCAAAUCUGAGGAAAGCGGUAACGGCAAAAGUGUCUCCGUCGACUCCGGACACCUGGAAUGUAGAAAUGAAAAUUGCGGCACAAACCCGUGUCAGCUUGUCGCCGCUCUUGCCACUGUUCCCGCUCACUCUGUCAAGUCCCACAACUCGUCCGCCCUGUCACCCUACGGCCAGUCUCUUCUGUUUGGGUUAAUGCAGUAUCUGACUGUGGAUGUGGUUAGGAUAUCCUCUCCAGAAGGUAAGGAACCAGGACGGGUAGUUGAGGGUGAGCAAGAGGGGGGUGUCGGUGGGAAAGAGGAGAAAGCUGAAGUGGGAAAUGGGACCGUAGAGGAGGGAAAGACUGACGUUAAAGAUUCCAAACCAAGUUCCAAAAGAAAAGGCAAGGCCCGCUCCAGACCCAAAAGUAAGAGAGGGGUAAAGGUGGUAUGUGUCGGAGCGGCAUGUUGCCAAGGUGAAAGUAGCAACGGGGGAUCUGAAGAAGUGACAGGGUUACAGCCGGUAGUGCAGGAGAAAGUGGGAGAAGAAAAAAUCGAAACCAUGGGAGUUAAAGGUGAGGAGGGUGUAAAUGGAACCGAGGACAAUGCAGAAAGUGGUGACAGGAGGGAAGACCUAAUCCAAGAGAGUGCUACGACGGUGACAGUGGAGACGGGUGGGGAGGAGGAGGCCAACAGUCAAGGGGUUGAGGAGCAAGGGGAGGAAGAUGGCAGAAAGCAGGAGGAGAAAAAUAGUGAGAAAGGUGAGAAAGAUAGGGGGGACAAGAAUGAUGGAAAAAAUAAUAGUUUAAUUGCAACCACAAAUAUAGCAGAAGACAAAGAGAAGGAAAGCACAGUAGACAAAGAGCAGGAAGUUACAGAGGAGAGAGAAGGAGCGAAGGGGAAAGGACAGCCAAUCGUUCGGGGCAGAACUCUGAGGAAGGGCAUGUGGAUGAACGUGAAUCGGGAAGUUGGGAAAAGGGCAAAAGUAGAAAAAAUCAAUAAAAAGGUUUGUUUGAGAGAUCAACCUGAAGAGGGGCACUCAAAAACCACUUGCAGCCAGAUUUUGGAGAGUAUUGUUAUUAAGGAGGUGAGGAUUCUUCUCUCUGAUGUCCUUGGGAAGAGAAAAGAGAGACACGGGAACGUGACGGGGGCCGGGCAGGCUGAAACUCCAGGCCCUGAAGAGAGGAAGGAUGCUCAGGGAGAGGAGGGAAAUGGAGAAGAGAAGACAAAGCUGCUGGAGAAAGGCAAACCAGGAGGAAGAGGAAAGGAGAGUGUGAGCAGCAGGCCAGCAAGGAGAACACUGAGAAAUAAAGUACAGGAAAAGGAGAAGAACUCACUCACAAAUCUGACGAGUGCAGGGAAACUUAUAAAGCAGAAUGCCCUGCAGCAAGAACUGCCUCAAAUUAUUAAAAACCUUCCAGCGCACUGUGUGAUUUCAGCUGAACCAAUAUCACCUAAGCCAACACUUUCAGUCCCAGAGCAACCUGCCGCUGAAAAGGCUGGUCUAAAACGAGGUCCGGAUCUCAUUCCACAGGCACAGAACCAGGCUCGGAUUCCAUUAAAGAAAAGGAUGUCUCUACAAGCAAUGGCUAUGAAAUAUGAACAGAGCUUAAAUUCAGCUGUAUUAGAAGUCCCAUCAGAGAGGGUAACGGAACAACCAGAGCAAAAGCUGGACCCUGAUUCAAAAACAAUGGAGGAAAUGAAAGUACAAACUGAAUUAUCAAACAACGAUUGUGGAAAAGCAGAGGAAAAAAGUGAAAAUGGCACAACUCAUUCCCAUUGUAAGGCAGCGAAGCCUGACAGCGCGCCGAACAAGGCAGCCUUAAUUAGAACCUCACGACAAAGCUCAAAGCUCAGACGGCUACAUUCUGUGGCAAACGGAAAAGAGCAUGUCCAAACAAGCCAAGACCAGACAAGUGUAAGAGCUAGAAAGGCAGAGCAGGAGGCAGGGGGCAGUGAGAUAGAUGGGCAGAAUAAAGACCUAAGCAUGGCAGCAGUGUUUCCAGGUGGAGGGGAAACAGAUGGAAUAGCGAAUACCUCAGUAGAGACGGAGCAGAGGAAGGGGACAGAGUCUGGGUGUCAGGAAAACAAGACUGACAGCGAAAAGGAAGUGAGGGAAGAAUCUGGCAAGCACAUAGAGGAAGUGGACAUAAAUUCCACACCGGUGAUUGAUGGUUGCGUGGACCAAAGGAUGCCAUCUUCAGAGACUCAGAUGGCGGGUCCAGAACUUGUAGAAGAGUCUACAUCAGAUAAGCUCACUGCAGCUCAGCAUAGUACUCCGCAGGAUAAUGAAAUAGUUAUGGAAAGAGAAGAGGAGAAGCAAACCGAAGUCCAGAUUUUGUCUGCCUUUCAAGAUUGUCUGGAGAGGGAUGAUGAUCAGAACAGUAACUUGAGAAUUCGCCUGAAGAGAAAGAGAGGAGAGGAGUGGGAGAUGGAGAGAACUGAGGAGGAAGAUAUGUUGACGGGCACAAGUUCUCCAACUGAAAUUCAGCUUUUUGAGCCUUUUCAGGCCCUCCUGGACUCUGUUUCCAUUUUAAACCUUGAGAUAGAGAGAGAAGUGAGAGCGGAGAUGGCCUUGGAACAUGAAGUGGAAGCUAAAAAAGCUACAGAGGAAGGGUGGGCAAAGGAGGCAGUGCUGAAAACGGUUGAGACUGAGAGUCCAAGUCUGGAUGAGAUAAUUGACAAAAUGGGUGAAGAAGUGGCAGAACAGAGGGGUGAAGGUUUAGGAGAAGGAAGAGAAGUGGGGGCUGUGAGUGAAGAAGACAUAAAUUGGGGGGUUGGCGCAAUACAGCAGGCUUGGGGAGAGGGAGGGAAUAUGAGCGAGGGUAGUGCGCAUGGAGGCGUAAUGGAGAGCGAUGCUGCUAGCAUGGAGGGUGCGGUUGAAACCAAAUUGGCGGAUGGGGAAGGAAAAGAGAUGAAGCCUGAGGCGAGUGAUAGAAACUAUGAAGGAGGGGAGGCUAACGGUGCCAACGGAGAAGUAGAGAGCAGGCCACUUAUGAGAAAACAUUUCAAGGUGGAAGUGGAGGACAGUGAUGAAGAGCUGGGGGGAAGGGUUUUGCAUGAAGACGGAGGGGACCAAGCCUUGCCGCGAAUCAGAUUGCGCCGAAUGGCGGAAGGGGAGUGGGCUGUGGAGACUGAGGACAGGGAGUGGAAUGAUGGAGGGAGAGUUUUCCCAAGGGGGACGAGUGGGAGUGAGCGUGAGGCGGUGGGAGAUGCUGCAAGAAGGCAGAGACGGCACACAUCGUAUAUCCAAGAGGGACAAUUUGGGGGAAUCGUGAAAUUCCACAAGCCAGAAGAAGACGAAUGCUCACCACCGUGUUCUCGCCUCAGAAGGAAAGUUAAACAGAAGCGACGGAGAGGCGUCCCUGCUGGCCCUCUGAAAACCGAGUCAUUCGGCCUCCCGCUGUCUCUCUCGCCCCUGUCUCUCAACUCGCCUCACCACAGCUCGCCCGAAGAUCCUCUGUCAUCUGAGCCUCAGAACUGGAGACGGAUGGGGAGGGAGAGGAAGAUGGUUGAAAUCCGGAAGGUGAGAAAAAUACGACCGAAGCAGAGCAGAGCACUGAGGAGGAGGAGGAGGCGGCGGAGAGAGGUCAGGAGGUCUGCUGGUCCCGGCCAGAGCCUCCUCCAGAUCAACCAGGGCCUCUCCACAGUCCCCACAUUUGAAGCAUCAAACCAAGCACAGAUCUCUGAAAGAAGCAUUCCCAAUGACACCAAUUCUACCUCUCAGCCCCAGCCUAAAGCUCAUUCUCCUCUCUUCUCAUUGAUUGAGGGGUCACUCCUUAACAUUGAGUCCAACAGCACAAACUGUUGUGAAGAUCUCCUAGACUUCCAGACUUUAAACUUGGAAGGCUAUUACCAUCUUCCUCAUCAAAGUAACUUCCAAAAUGCUCUUAAUGCAUUUUGCCAAGACCAGGAAGAAAACCAUUCGGAUUCCUUCAAUAGUCCUUUCUCCCAAACACCUUCCGAAACAUGGCAUCCAGGCACUCCAUAUCUCGACACACCAAGUCCAGGAAGCAACUUCAGUUCAGGUGCAGAUCUGCAGAGUUUCCCAGAUUUCACUUGCCCUAAGGGUGUCUCACUCUCUUUAGGUGAGGACCACACAUCCACCAAAGAUACAUUGUCUUUUAAUGCACUUGGUUUCACAGCCGUCUCUGAAGCUGGAGCACAGGGCACCCAUCCCACAUUGAAUUUCUGUCCUGAUAAAAAUCAACAAGCCCUCCACGCAAAGGCAGACUCUAAAACCCGGCAAUCUCUCGCUGACAAACAUCAGAGCUCCAGCAAAGAGUUGUUCAUGUUUGGCACUUCGGCCAGUCCUGGGUGUGCUGCUCCUAGCUUGCUGUCUCACGAUUCGCAAGUCAAUCGACUCAACUACAGCUUUACAGGUUCUGCCCAGUCUGCUUGUGCCAAAGUCCAGCCUGAAUCCCAGAACAAAAGCAUUCAGCCUUUCCACAGCAUCAGCACCGCAACGAAACAGGAACUCUUUUCCACCAGCCACACAACUCCAAGCACAUUCAGUGUCGGGGCUCCGAGUUUUCAAACAAAGUCCUUUAACUCACCAGCAGGGAUUAACUCCUCUUCUUUCCAGGAGUCGCAUGCAGUCGGCCACGGAGAACCAUUUUGCUGCACCUAUGGCAAAAAUACAGGCCUGUUUGAAAGCUCCAGUUAUUUGGGCAACCACUGCAAAGAUGCAGGUACUACACUGGGCAACCCCAGCCUGCCAUACAAGCCUUCAGGCCCAAAGCCUGGGUACAUUGACCCAGGAAAAAAUCGCAUCGGUUACCAAGCCUCAAACCCCAGCAUUGCAUGUCACCAAGGAGGAUAUCCAGAGUAUGACAGAGGUAAUGUUAAUUACGAAGCAACAGACUAUUCAAACAAACCUCUCUCCCAUGGUGACAGAAUUCACCCAAUUUACUAUGUGACCACCAGUAAAGAGACGAUGGCCUUUAAUAAAACACCUCCUGAUAAAUCAAGUCUUUGCUGCAAUUUGUCAGACCGAAACAUCUCCACUUUCCACAAGUCCUUCUGUCCCUUCAGCGCAGUGCAUCAAAGUUACACCAUACCUCACGGCAAAAACUCAAAUCAAGGCAAGUUGGAAAGUUUGCCACUCUCUCAGAACCCCCAUUCCAGCUGUACUCCGUCUGCCCUUCCCCAACAUAGGGGGCCACUGUCUUUCUCCAAGUCCCCCGCUUUCACGCAGUGCGACCCCUUUGUCUACAGCUCAUCGGAAGCUAUGGGCAAACCGCAGUCCGUGCCUCAGCAUAGUGGCCCAGACGUGGCCCGUAAACCCUCCGAUCAACAUGCGUCCGCGAGCAAGUCUCACCCCUGCAGCCAGGCCUCCCCGUACGUGUUCAACUUCACUGGCGACCACUCGGUGACUCUGGGCUAUAAAGACGGAGGGGAGUAUAUGAAUUACUCAGGGGCCAUGCCGAGCAGCUACACCUACCGCUGCCUAAUGGAGCCCUCCGGGACGCAAGGGCGGCUGGUGCUGGAGCCGUGCGGCCCCGUACCUUUAAACUGUCCCCCCUCCGCGCCCCUGGGUGCCUUCGCAGGCCUGAGGGGUGACAUGGAUGUACAGGGUAAGAAGGACCCGCAGCAGUCCGGCCAGGGCUCCUCGCACGCCGGCUCUGCCCACAGCUCUGUGUCCUCCCACCCCCUUGGCUCUGUUCACACAGACAGGAAGCCCAAGAGACUUAGACUGGUGGUGACUGAUGGCUCGGUGGAUCUAGACCUACAGUACACCGACUGAUCGUCUGGCUAUCUAGGCUUUAAAAAAAGACUCAACUAGUUCAAACCUCCCGUGUAUUUAUUUGCUGUACUUGUAAGACCAGGAGUUUACGUCACGGCCGCACAAUAGUACUGUUCGUUUUUCAAUACGAGUCAUUUCUGCCUGAGCCUUUUCUUAAAAAAAAAAUAAUAAUAAUAAUAAAAAAAGUGUGCACAGGUUGUUUUCUUUUCCCAUAAUAAAUCAAAUCGGUUUUAUUUUCGCCCCAAAAUCUAUUUAAAAAAAUGUGGUCACAUCCCUGUAAAAGAGAUGUGUGUAUUUAAAAUGAUUACUACUGGUGAAAUCAUAAAUUAAAGUUCAAGGAUGAAGGGCUAAAGCUUGGAUAGUAUGUGAUGGAUUGUGCGUCUCCCUGUGCAAGGUGUGAUGCACUUUAUACCCACGAGGAAGGCGUAAGAUAUUCGAUGUUGUUAUUUAACAUCCAUUUUUGAGGUAGGAACACAAUUCUCUCCUGACCUGGCAUAGCAGAAUGUAGCCACAUGGUGGGGUAGUUGUACACAUUAAGUGAAUAUAUGUACCCUCAUUAAAUGUAUUUAAUUCCGUUCUCUUUUUUUAAUACAACGUAAUUUUUAUAUACAGUUAAGUGGUCAUUGAAUAUUUACAUGUAUCAGAGAAAGGGUGUUUGUGUGUGUAUGCAUGUUUAUGCAUACUGUGUGUGCGUGUAUGUAUACAUGUAUGUGUAUACUUUGCGAGUGAUUUUGUGUGUGUGUGUGUGUGUGUGUGCACAUUGCCUUACGAAAUGAGAUGAAAUGAAAGGAGCAGUCAGCGAGGCAGUAAUUGUUGUGUAUUAUUAGUGUAGUUGAAAAGGCCCGGUUGAUGGGAGCCUCUCUGAGGGGCUGUGUGAAUGCACUGUAAAUGCACAUCUGGGCUACUGUACAGGAAGCCAGGCCGACAGGCGGGAUGCAGCUCUGAAUGGCUUCUUAAACCUUUCGGGGGAGGUGAGGGGUGAAAAUGGAAAUGUUCUCCACCCAUUACAGAACCUCAACGUUGGAUCUCCUGCAAGCCCUUGUAAUUACAGAAGCUCUUAAGCACACCGUCUCUGCUUUGUGUAAAACACUCAUUAAGGGGUGGUGAAGGUGUAUCCGUUGACGUUCUGGUAAUGCCAAGCUAGCUUUUUUUCUUGUUGUGGUUACGUUUGUUUGAUCGCAUCUGUAGCUGAAGAAGGCAGUCAGACUUUGCUGACAGUACCAACUGUUAUUGUUUCCAAGUGUAAAUGGCUGAGCAGAGUGCUGAUGUGUAGAUCAUUAGGCAGCAUUGUUUCACAUGUAUUUGUAAUACAUGGCUUGUGUUUGUCCCUGCUGUACCCAUAUUCAGUUAUAAAUGGAUAGUGAAAUGGUUGGCGGAUGUUAGUUACAUAAUAGUGUGCAGAACCCAACCAGAACAUGAGACUCGGGAGAGAGGACUGGAAUGAGAGGGAUUUGUGAUACUGUUUUUUUUGUUUUGUUUUACUUUUGUUUUUUUUUAUAAAUAAAAAACAAAACGGUCCCGACAUGACACUUUGUUUAAAUUAAGCUGGGCAGUGUGUAUGUAUACAUGUGUUUUUGUGUUUGUAGUUGAGACAGGAAAAAAUGGCCAAUUUAUUAUUUAUUUCAAUAUCUCUGGUCUUAAUAAAUGGUGCUUUAAUAUAACUUAAAUGUAAUAAACUGAUUGUAUAUGAUAUGAAGUUAACGGUAAUGGGUAAAAAAAAUAAAAAUGAAAAAAAAAACCUUUUUUUCCUGUACUUUUCCGGAAAAAAAAUGGUGUCCAAUUUAGUGUAUAUCCCAGGAAAGCUAAUUUUUAGGGUAAUUGGUGGGGAUGUAUGUUCAAAGCCUUUUGUAAGUGAUAAACUGGAGGACCGAUCCUUUCUAAUGUUCUGCUGUAAAAUAAUACAUUGGAAAAAUUAAAGUUUAAACAUGUUUGUUACCA